AUGCCGACGAAGCUGCAGCAGCAGAAGCCGGCGCCCCUCGUUGCCACCAUGAAGACGGAAGGGACCUCGACGCACAAGGCCCCGUUGUGGGCCCGCGUUAUCGUGAUCGUCGUGGAGGUGCUCGUGUGGGCACUCUCCCUGGGUUUCGUGAAAUGCAUCCCAGUGCUCGAACGCGCGCUGGGCUACUCGCCUCAGUGGCAUGAGCGUGACAAAGCGGAGAAAGGCAUCAAAGGUGCCCUCCGGUCCGGCAUGGGCGCUGCAUGUCGCCUCGCCCAACCACUGCUGCGCAUUGAGACGGAGUUCUCUCAGGACACCGGCGUCGACAGCGCCAACGUACUCACUCCGCGCACUGCCACCGCGUACGAGGAGACACUCAAGACACGCCUGCAGGUCAACGCGCGCAUUCGCAGCUUCCUACAUGACGUCUCGCUGGAGGAGCUUGAGGCUCCGUUUUUGGUGAACGCGUGUACGUGGAACGUGGAUCAGCAGCCCCCACCAGUGCACGAGGAGGCGUUUAUGGUGUGGUUGCUGGGCCACGAACUCACAGAAGAGCUGAAGCACUACCAGGAGCACAAGCGAUGCGUGAUGGCGAAUGGUGGGACGGUGCCUACGGUGUCUUCGCCCAACGCGACUUCCACCAUGCGGGCGCGCAAGAUGUUUGCGGCGGCGGCUGGCACUGGCAACAAUUCGACAUCUGCCCUACAAGCCUCCCUGUCUCCGGCUGUCUCUGAGGACCAAGAGAGCAAUGAUCCGCUGCAAACGGAGUGGCAGUGGCUUGAAGGGAAAUUUCCCGAUUUGCUUCUCGUCAGCCUGCAGGAGGUGGAGAUGACCGGGACGGCCCUUGUGCGAGAAUCGACGCAGCGGCGUUGGGAGUGGACGGACGCCAUCAUCGAAACUCUCUUGGCUGCCUCGGAUCGCGCCAUUGAAUACAGAAAACUGCAGGUGGUGCAGCUGGUAGGGCUCGUCUUGAUCGUUCUCGUGCAGGCAAAGCACGUCGACUACGUCUCGCACGUCCGCCUCUCCCUCACGCGGACAGGGGCGUUGUCGAUGCUAGGCAACAAAGGCUCCGUCGCCAUGCGCGCCACCAUCUACGGCAAACGCUUCCUCUUUAUCUCCGCCCACUUCGUCGCACACACGUACAACGAAAAGAAGCGCACCGGCAACUACCAGUCGGCGCUGAAAGACAUUCGCUUUAACAUGCCGGCGUGGUCGGACGACGAGAGUGAGGUGCUGCAGACCUUCAUGAACGCCGCGAAGGCGUCGGACCAGACGAUGGAGAACUCCUCCAUGAUCGACAGCAGUUCGUGGGACCCGUUGUUUCGUUUCCGCAACACCGCCUUUCCACCGAGCUUCUCCACGGCAGCGGAGACGCGUGUGCUGGAUGACCACGACUACGUCUUUUUUUUUGGCGACCUGAACUCGCGCCUGCAUGCGCUGCCAGGGUUAGAGAUCCGGGAGUCCGUGGAGAACGUCGAGUACGACUACUUACUGUGCCACGACGAGCUGCGCCAGGUCAUGGUCUCCGGCGAGGCUUUUGACGGCUUCCAGGAGCAGUGGAUCACGUUUCCUCCCACCUACAAGUUUGACCGUGGCACCGAUGCCUACGACACAAGCCGCAAGCACCGCGACCCGGCGUGGUGCGAUCGUGUGCUCUUUCGCGUGUCAGAAAACAGGGAAGCGGCCACGUUGAGGGAGGAGGGAGAACGCAGCAACGAUCUUGAUGCCAGGCAAGGGGACGGGAGGAAUAACGGCAGCAACGGCAGCUCGCCAACGUCGCGUCGCCGCUCGUCGGGGUCGCACUCCUCCAACGCCGGCGGAGGCGCAGUGCACAGCUCCCGCGCGGCCAGUCCGGGUGGUGAUUGGGUCUCUCUGGAGGAUCUGCAGCGCAGCGCUCUUUCACAGCCGGUAGAGGCGGAAGUCGGCAGCCUGUCCAGCUCUGCCUCCUCUGAGUACGCGUGUGACGACGAUGAUCGCUCGAAAGGCUCGCUUCUCCAUUCCGAGCAGCGCGCCGCGGCAAUGGUUGCCGUGGCGGCGCAGAACGGAUUCGACUCCCCGCUGUCGCUGCUGCACAAAAAGGCUGCCUCGCCCACGCUGCUGUCCCGCGCCGCCUCGCACCCAGUGUGGGAACACAAGCGCACCGCGCCGACGUUUUGUGCGGUGCGUCGACCACGCGGUGCGGAGCCGUCAUCGAACCCCUUUGCGGUGCGCUUUCCGAUGGUGACGAAUCACAUCAACGCGCUCGAGUACACGCACGUGCCGGCGUUGCGGCAGUCUGACCAUCGUCCGGUGCGGGCGCGGUUUGAGGUGAAGGUCGUCGCCUUGGAACCGUCCACCGUCAACGAAAUUGUGGAGAGCGUCCGUCAGGUAAUAGAUGAUUGA